AGGUUUUGGUGCAGGCCUCGGAGGAGCUGCAGCAGCCAUCGUCACACUGCUGCCUUCCGCGCGCGAAUCGGCUACUGACGUCACCGCGACUGAAUCGAUCGAUAAGAGUCACACCUUCCAAACGAAGAUCACCAGCGCGGAAAUGGAUAAAAAAGAUGAGGAAUCCGAUGAAGACGAAGCAUUUCUGCAUUCUUCUAUGGAAAUCCUCGAUGGAAUAUACAGGGGUGAUGAGGUCACAGAGCUCACGGAGCACUUGAGAAAACCGGAAAAUUCGUUUGACUCGGAUGCAACGGAUUGUAUUUACAGAGCAAUAAAGACCAUGGCUAGGCAAACACAGAAUAACUCACUUGGUUCACUGUGUUCAUCACCAGUAAGGUCUCCAGUACCGGACAAGGUAAACGAAUCUCCGGAAAAUGAUUUAGAUCGUGAUAACUUAGCCACAGGGGAUCACAGGAUGGAAAAUGAACUCAGUUUCAGCCCCACAAGCCAAGUCGGAGAUAUUGGAGACAGGUCACAGAACGAGCUGGAAACGAUCGUACCACGUCUUACUCUGGAAUUCUCACCUACCACAUCGGUAAAUCAUACGCCAUUGCCCUCACCCCAUAGUCAGCUAUUACCUGUCGACACACCAAGGUUACGCACAAGUAUUGACUUUGUUUAUCUUUUCCUUUUUGGUCUUGGUACUGCAUUGAUUUUCUAUUAUUUCUAUCUUCCCCCUCUAUACAAGGGUCCGGUGUAUUGA